AUGUUUGAAAACUUGCGGGGAAGGGCUCUCCGAGCUUCAGUUGCAGUCAGUGCCGGCAGCGCUUAUUUGCUCUUUGGAUAUGACCAGGGUGUACUUGGAGGGCUGGUGUCCCAGCCCAGCUUUCUCGGCGCGAUUGGAAACCCUUCACCCACCUACCUGGGGACUAUUGUCGCUCUCUAUGAUAUAGGAUGCCUCGUAGGUUGUAUCAUCGCGGCAGCCUGGGGCAAUCAUUUUGGGCGAUGUCGCUCGAUAUUCUGGGCGAGUAUCAUCAUGGUCAUUGGAGCGACCAUCCAGACGACCACUUAUGGAGCAGUUCAGCUUAUUAUCGGGCGUUUGAUCUCUGGCGUUGGAAACGGGAUUAACACAUCCACAGUCCCUAUGUAUGUCUCUGAAAUUUCUCGCACUGAGUCUCGUGGUCGGUCACUGGCGGUCCAAAUGUCGUUAGUCAUUUUUGGCACGGUGAUAGCCUACUGGCUUGACUAUGGUAUGGUGCGCAAUUUGAGUGGAGAGGUGGUCUGGAGAUUUCCAAUUGCUUUUCAAAUAUUCUUCGCAUUGAUCACCAUCAGCACAAUCCUCUUUUUGCCUGAAUCACCACGAUGGCUGUUCGCCCAUGACCGACGAGAAGAAUCUACUCGGGCCGUAUCGCGCUUGUUAGGAUGCGACGAAUCUGAUGAACGUGUCCAAAAAAUAACAUGUGACAUGGAGGAGGCACUGAUGCUUGAGCGGCGACAGCCAAAACUUGAUUUUAGGAGUUUGCUCAAGAGCAAGUCCCAGAUCAAGCCUGCUCGUCGCCUCGUGUUAUGCUUCUUAAUUCAAUUUUUCCAGCAGUGGACUGGAAUCAAUGUUAUAGCCUUCUAUGUUACCAUUGUUCUUGAGAGCAACGUUGGCCUCAGCAAGGAAACCAGUAGCCUCGUGGCUGGCAUCGUCCAGAUCUGUUUCUGGUGUGGCACAUUGCCCGUAAUAUUCCUUCUGGAUCGACUUGGCCGUCGGAUCAUGCUACUUUCCGGCUCGGUUGCUCUCUUCCUCUCUAUGACACUAUUCACCUUCGGCAUUGCGAUUGAUACUACUGCAUCAGCAAAGUUAGCCCUUGCAAUGCUUUUCUGCUAUGAAUUCUCUUUUGGGAUGUCAUGGAACGCUAUCCCAUGGCUAUAUGCGCCGGAGAUUACUCCACUUAAUUUACGACACAUUGGAUCCGCGCUAUGUGCAUUGUCUGAAUGGCUCUGGACAUUUGUCAUCGCUCAAAUGGCUCCGACUGCUAUCGCAAACACUGGUUGGAAAAUCUGGUUGUUGUUCGACAUUAUGCUUCUCAUCAGCUUCUUCUUUGUCUUUUUCUUCCUUCCAGAGACAAGUGGCAAAACACUGGAAGAGAUCGACUACAUUUACGUCAAGCCGGAGGUCCGAUAUCAGUUGGACGAGGUCAGUACGAGUGCUGACCAUGAACUAAGUAAAUCGAGAAGCCGUGUGCUUGUUGAAGACAAUUCCUCUGCGCAAACUUGA